AUGGUUGCUAUAUUUUUACAUAUAAUUUCACAUGAUGUGAAGAAUAGGAUAAUUAAGAGACAAGUCGUCCGUUCUAGCGAGACAAUAAGUAGACAAUUUCAUGUUGUUCUCAACUUUGUGCUAUGUCUCCAUUCCAUGUUGUUACGAAAACCUGAAGCUGUGACAGGGAACUAUACAGAUGAGAGGUGGAAGUUGUUCAAGAACUGCCUCGGAGCACUUGAUGGAACAUACAUAAAGGUCAAUGUAGAGGAGGUCAACAAGCCUAGGUAUCGAUGCCGCAAGGGUGAGAUUGCUACUAAUGUCCUUGGUGUUUGCACUCGAGACAUGCAAUUUAUUUAUAUAUUGCCUAGGUGGGAGGGAUCAGCUACUGAUUUUCGAUUGCUUCGAGAUGCCAUUUUGAGGAGAAAUGGCUUAAAGGUGCCCCAAGAUUAUUAUUAUCUAUGUAAUGCUGGAUACGCAAAUACUGAAGGCUUUUUGGCUCCUUAUAGAGGACAAAGAUACCAUUUGAAUGAGUGGAGACAGAGUCAACAACCCACAAAUGCUCAUGAGUUCUUUAACAUGAAGCACUCUCGGGCUAGGAAUGUUAUAGAGAGGAUGGAAGAACAACUUCUUCAAGAAAAUAAAAAAGCAAACUCAAGGGCAGACAGAACUACUUUCUUGAAAAGAAUUUGGACAAAGACUGAAGAUGCAAAGCUGGUUGAGUGCCUUAUUAAGGUAGUGAAUGCUGGUGGUUGGAAGGGUGAUAAUGGCAUAUUUAGGCCAGGAUUUCACCAGCAUUUGGAGAGAAUGAUGGAAAAAAAGCUUCCUGGUUGUCGACUGAGAGGAAAUCCACACGUUGAAAAUCAUGUGAAGUUACUAAAAAAGCAAUACAAUGCAAUUGCAGAAAUGUUAGGACCAAACUGCUUGGAAUUUGGAUGGAAUGAUAGAGAUAAAUGUGUGGUGGCAGACAAAGAUGUUUAUGACCUAUGGAUGAAGAGUCAUCCCCAUGCAGCUGGCCUGAGAAACAAGCCUUUCCCCUAUUAUGAAGACUUGUCAAUUGUGUUUGGUAAGGAUAGAGCAAAUGGGGAGGGUGCAGAGAAUCCAGUUGAUGCUUGUGAACAAAUUGAGAAAGAGGAGGAAGCUUUAGGUGAUACUUUAAGUUUGGGAGAUGAUAUGGAUGCUAAGGGAGGUUCUUCGAAUGCAAUAGAUUCACCACCAUCUAUUUGCCAACCUACAGACGUUGGUACUAGUACUGCAAUAAUUGGCAAGAAGAAAGGAGGCUUAGUUGGUAAAAAGAGAAAGCACAAUGAUACUAUCAUAGAGAACUUGGUCACUGAGAUGGGAAGGAUAAGCAGUGCAUGUGAAGGGAAUAGGGAAGACUUCAAGAAAAUUGCAAACUUUUUUGAGAAGAAGGGGCAAAGUGAUGAGAGGCGUAUGGCUCUGUUUGAGGAGAUUAUGAAGAUUGAAGAUUUGAGUAAGGAUGAUAUAUUGAUUGCUGGCGGGUCAUUAGCAAAGAUAAGUCCAAAAUUGACUUCUUUUUUACCCUGCCUCAAUAGUUCAAGAGAAGAUAUGUGCUAA